UAUUUGAAAGCACCUCUUUUAAGAAAUAAUGGAUGCUGGUACCACAUGGAUAGAAAAAGAGGGAGAACAUGUACAUGUAAAAUAGCAGUGUCUAAUUGAAUAUAGACUUAAAACUGCAAAUAUGCGCAGAGUAUAAGGACUAAACAGUCACUUACUGCAAUGUUGUUUAGUUCAAAUAGGAGAAAGAGUCAUGCUUAUAAACCACAAUAUCCGGUACUCCUUGCCUUGCCUUGCCUUCUUCACUGACUUCAGAAUAUACGUAAUAUCAUUGUUUUGCGAUGGAGAAUAUUUGUCCUCCGAUUCCAAGCGAUUCAUACAAGGUGGGGUUCAUAGGAGCUGGAAAAAUGGCUGAAAGCAUAGCUAGAGGCGUGGUUAAAUCUGGGAUAUUGCCUGCUUCUCGUAUUCGAACUGCCCACACAGGAUCAGCUCGUCGUACUGCUUUUGAGUCUUUUGGAGUUACUGUUUUUGACAAUAAUACUCAGGUGGUUGAAGACAGUGAUGUGAUUAUAUUCUCUGUGAAGCCUCAAGUAGUUAAAAAUGUGGUGUCACAGUUGAGGCCAAUUCUUUCAGAGAAGCAGCUUCUGGUGUCGGUUGCUGCAGGUGUUAAGUUAAAGGAUUUGCAGGAAUGGGCAGGUCAAGGACGAUUUAUUAGGGUGAUGCCAAACACUCCCUCUGCUGUUGGUGAAGCCGCCACUGUCUUUACUUUGGGGGAAAAGGCAACAACAGAAGAUGGAGAACUUAUUUCCCAGUUAUUUGGAGCAAUUGGUAAGGUGUGGAGAGCUGAUGAGAAGCUGUUUGAUGCAGUUACAGGCUUAAGUGGUAGUGGACCAGCCUAUAUUUUUCUAGCAAUAGAGGCAUUGGCUGAUGGAGGGGUGGCUGCUGGUUUACCUAGGGAGCUUGCACUUGGACUAGCCUCUCAAACUGUACUAGGAGCAGCAUCAAUGGUCAAGGGUAUGGCCAAGCAUCCUGGUCAACUUAAGGAUGAUGUUGCAUCACCUGGGGGGACAACCAUAGCUGGAAUUCACGAGUUGGAGAAGGCUGGAUUUCGUGGUAUCUUGAUGAAUGCAGUUGUAGCUGCAGCUAAGCGCAGUCGAGAGCUCUCUCAAAAUUAAUUUAAUUAUCACUUAGGUGGUGGACCAGCCGGAAGCUGUGUGUAUCAGAGUUGUGAAGUGCUACUAAAGUUGCAGAGCUUGUUGAUAUAUGAGAAAAAUGAGGCUGUGCAAUUCAUUUUUUACCAAAAUAAAGCACCGUAUCCUUUUACCUUUUGGACCAAACAGCCCAUACUUAUUAAAGAGAGCGUGGCACAAUCACUACAAAUAAACAUUAUUUACACGACAGUUACUAGCA